AUGGGGAAGUUACAGGUAUUUGAAGUUCUACUGGCUGGCAACCAAGAAGUCUUUAAGCCAGGAGAUGUUGUACAGGGAGUGGCAAGGAUAGUUGUAUCAGAAAAAAAGGGAGGUAUUCGUGGAAAGGAUAACGGGUCUACAGACCGAAUCAAAUUGACUGCCGGAGAGCAUCGCUUUCCCUUUCAGUUCCAGAUUCCAAAUAUGCCUCUGCCUCCACCGUUUGAAGCUUCUUACGGGUAUGUAAGGUACUACGUCAUGGUUACAAUCGACCGACCGUGGAAAUUUGACCAUCACACUCAGAAGAUAUUCAGCAUCUGCACUGUGAAGGAUCUGAACUACGAGUUUAAUGUAUUGAUAUCUUGUUUUGCUGUUUUCCUAUAUACUAAGGUUCCUUCUAGUUACCAAGUUGAGAAGACAGUAUGCUGUCUUUGCUGCACUUCAAGACCAAUUGUUAUGAAAGGAAUGAUUGACAAGAGGGGGUAUGUACCAGGAGAGUACAUCUUUGUUUCAUUGGAUCUUCAAAACAACAGUUCUAGGAGGAUUACUGACAUUACUGCAAAACUGCAACAGAGUGCACAUUUCACUGCCCAACGUGACGGAACUGGCGGAAUUCACCACAGACAGUUGGUCAAGACUGUGGCUAAAUUGAACCUUUCUGGCUGCGAAGCGAUGGGGUCAGUGAACUACGACAGGUUGAAGAUGUUGAUCCCUCCUAUCACUCCCUGCGCCUACGAGAACUGUCCAAACAUUCAAGUAGAGUAUUAUGUUGAGAUUAAGGGAGAUGUUUCUGGAACACGUAUAGGUGCUCUUGUGAAUCUUCCAGUUGUGAUUGGCACAAUUCCAGCCUUCCAGCACACCCUAAAUGAUCCUUCUCAAAACCCUUAUGCAGUGCAACCCAUCCCAGGCCAGCCUGGGGCACCCCCGGGAGGGCAGUCAGGAUUCCCUCCAGGGGGGCAACAGGUAUACCCUCCAAAGGGGCAACAGGGCUAUCCACAAUCAGGACAACCUGGAGCGCCCCCACCAGGACAAGGGUAUCUCCUACCUGGGGCACCCCCACCAGGACAACCUGGAGAGCCUCCACCGGGACAAGGGUAUCCCCCACCUUGCCAGCCUAGGGCACUCUCACCAAGGCAACAGGGAUACCCUCCACAGGGGCAACAGGUCUAUCAACCUGGAGCGCCCCCACCGGGACAAGAGUAUUUCCCACCUGGCCAACAUGGGGCACCCCCACCAAGGAAACAGGGAUACUCUCCACCCGGACAUCCAGGAUUGCCCCCACCAGGGGCUGGGCCAUCUGGAUACUCCCCACUAGGAGGAGUAUCUGCUGAAGAGGCUGCAGGUUUGCCCCCACCUCCAAUGUGUAGAGCCGCUGUUGGUGGGCCACAGGAGGUUUCAGGCGAGAAAGGUACUUUUGGCAAAAUCUUCUAUGCACCGCAGUACCCUUACUACGAUCCAGACACGCUGUAUGCCUCAAUGGGCAUUCCCCUGGGAGCGACCGCUUCAUCAGCAGAUGGUGGGCCACCACCCCCAACAGUUAUGCAGCCAAUGAGCAUUCAGCAACUGCCCCGGCCAUCAGACCCAAUCAGCCAAUCAGCAUUCAGCAACCACCCCAACAGACCUAAUCAGCCAAUCAGCAUUCAGCAACCACCCCAGCAGACCUAAUCAGCCAAUCCCCAUUCAGCAACCGCCCAACCAGACACAAUGAUAUCAAACAGCUUGUGUGCAUUUAGCAACUAUCCUACAAGUCUUUAGUAGACACCGGGCAUUUAGUAACGGCUGUAUAGUACUAAUCAACUCUUGAGCGUUCAGAAACCACCCUGCCAUACAUAACAGGCCAUUUGGUCAUUCAGCAUUCAACCCUGCAAGUAUUUAAAGGUAAAGACCAGUUCUGGUCAUGCGAUUGCAUUGUGAAAAAACGUUGUGGAAACGAUCAGAAAAGGUUGAUC